UACAAUUGACUUUUAAUUGAAACAAACAUAUAAGUUAGUAUUAUGUGUUUAGUUUAGUUUAAAGAAUCAUCAAUUGUUGUUUGCUGAGUUUGAAAGCAAGAGAGUUGGUUAAAUCAGCUGAAAGUUUUGAUUUUGCUGGUGUUUCUGAGUGAUAUCAAUGGAUAGCCGUAACGUCGUCGUUUGCGACAACGGCACCGGUUAUGUGAAAUGUGGAUUUGCGGGGGAGAAUUUCCCAACAUCUGUGUUCCCUUGUGUUGUUGGAAGGCCAAUGCUUCGCUACGAAGAGUCUUUAAUGGAACAAGAGAUCACGGAUACUCUUGUGGGUGAUGCUUGUUUAAAGUGGCGGCAUCAAUUGGACAUAUCUUAUCCUGUCAACAAUGGAAUCGUUCAAAAUUGGGAUGAUAUGGGACAUGUGUGGGAUCAUGUGUUUUCUAGCGAACUAAAGGUAGAUCCUACGGAAUGUAAAAUCUUGCUUACUGAUCCGCCUCUGAAUCCGUCUAAAAAUCGUGAAAGGAUGGUUGAGGUUAUGUUUGAGAAAUACAAAUUUCAAGGUGUUUUCAUCCAAAUCCAGGCUGUUUUAACCUUAUACGCUCAAGGUUUGCUUACAGGACUUGUUAUUGACUCUGGGGACGGAGUCACUCAUGUGGUUCCAGUUGUUGAUGGAUACUCAUUUCCCCAUCUAACAAAACGAAUGAACGUAGCUGGGCGCCACAUAACAUCAUAUCUUCUUGAUUUGCUCAUGAGGAGGGGGUAUGCCAUGAACAGAAAUGCUGACUUUGAGACAGUGAGAAAUAUCAAAGAGAAGCUUUGUUAUAUAAGUUAUGAUUACAAAAGGGAGUAUCAGUUGGGACUUGAUACCACCAUCCUCGUAAAAAAUUAUACUCUCCCAGAUGGAAGGGUCAUUAAAGUUGGGAAUGAGCGAUUUCAAGCACCUGAGGCUCUAUUCUCUCCCGAGCUAAUAGAUGUCGAAGGAGAUGGAAUGGCUGAUAUGGUUUUUCGUUGCAUCCAGGAAAUGGAUAUCGACAAUAGGAUGAUGCUCUACCAGCACAUUGUCCUAAGCGGUGGAAGCACAAUGUAUCCUGGAUUACCUAGUCGCUUGGAGAAGGAAUUAUCGGAGCGUUAUCUUGAUUCUGUGUUGAAGGGAAAUAAGGACGGAUUGAAGAAACUAAGACUGCGUAUAGAGGAUCCACCACGAAGAAAGCAUAUGGUGUAUCUUGGGGGCGCAGUUCUUGCCGGAAUCAUGAAGGAUGCUCCAGAGUUCUGGAUUAGCAGACAAGACUAUUUGGAAGAGGGAGUUGCUUGUCUGAGCAAACUAGGCCAGGCAUGAGAUUCACCCCAUCAGUUUCCCGAUUCGCAGUUUCGAAUUCUCUAAUGGAAGCCAUAGAUAGCCAAGAAUCCAUAUAUUCAGCUAGAAGUUAAGGUAUUUUCAUGUAUAGUAUUUGUUAUCAAUAAAAAUGAAAGAUGUGCUUAUUUUGGAUGUCCAUUUUACAACAUUAUUCUCAUUAUUUCAUGCCCUUGAUAUCAACUUAAUAUUACUCUCUUCGUCCCA